UUGUUCUCUCUAUCUGCAUAUAUAUUUUCUAGAGAGAAGCAAUCCAGCAUUCUCUCUCCUCAUUUGCUCUGCAUCGAGGGAGGAGAGAGAGAGAAAUGGGUCGAGAAGGUAAGCAGGUGGUGGGUAGUUCACUUCCAGUGAAGAGGAAGCACGCUGCCUCCUCAUCUAGGGCACCAGAAGAAGCAAACCCACCAAAGAAACAAUCUCGUUCUCGCAUUCGACCUCUUCGAUUAAUUGAUGAUAUUGCAGAUGUUGCAGAGGAUGAUGAAGAAGAAGAUGAGGAGGAGGAGGAGGAGGAGGAGGAAGAAGAAGAAAUGGACACUGAUGAAGGAGAAGAGGAUGAAGAAGAAGAGGAUAAUGAUUUCAAAGCAGCUUCUCAAGACAAAUACAAGAAAAGCUGUUCUUCUCUUCCUUUCUUUAUGAAAGAAGAACAGCUCUCUGAUGAAGAAUUGGAGAGGCUAGUUAAGGAGCGAUACGUGCGUGGUUCAGAGCAUGUCGUGUAUGCCGAGGAUACCAAGGAAUUUGAUAAUGAAAAGCCUUCUGUGGCUGGUGAGAUCGCUCCAGUGAUUUGGAGGGUCAAGUGCAUGGUUGGGCGUGAACGGUUGGUAGCUGGCUGCCUCAUCCAAAAGUUUCUUGACCUUAAAUCCCUUGGAACUCCUCUAAAACUAAAGUCGGCUUUUGCACUUGACCAUGUGAAAGGCUUUAUAUACAUAGAAGCUGACAAGCAAUGUGAUGUAGCUGAGGCUUGUAUUGGGCUUUCUUAUGUGUAUCCAAGCAAGAUGCAACUUGUUCCACAAAAUGAAAUCCCGUACUUGCUCUCUGUUCAGAGGAGUAUGGCUGAAGUUUCCAAGGAUAUGUGGGUGCGUGUGAAGUCUGGGCAAUACAAAAGUGACCUAGCAUUGGUUGUGGAGGUAGACCGGUCACGUAGAAGAGCUACUGUCAAGUUGGUGCCACGGAUUGACCUACAAGCCCUAGCCAAAAAACUUGAAGGGAAUGGGACUGUCAAGAAAGCUGUUAGGCCUGCACCUUGUUUGAUCGGUGCUCAACAACUUGAAAAAUUUCGGACUCAUAUAACACUCAGACGUGACCGUCAGACUGGAGAGAUAUUUGAGAUUCUUGAUGGCCUUAUGCUUAAGGAUGGUUUCUUGUACAAAAGGGUAUCUGUUGACUCGUUAAGUAGCUGGAAUGUGCAGCCAUCAGAUGAUGAGCUCCAGAAGUUCAGGUAUUCCCAAAAAGAUGCUGAUAUGGAUUCUGUUUGGCUUUCCGUAUUAUAUGGUAGACAAAAACGAGGUGGUACCAAGGUGGUUGGUGAAACAAGCACUAAGAGAUCAGAAGAUUCCUUGAAGUUUAAGAAGGAAGAUUCGUCGAAGUUUAAGAAGGAAGAUUCCUUGAAGUUUAAGAAGGAAGAUUCUUUAAAGUUUAAGAAGGAUUCCUUAAAGAUUAAGAAGAAAAAUUUCAAAGUUCACGAUCUUGUAUCAAUCGAAGAAGAGGGAAUUGGUGUUAUCAUAGGUGGUGAGGGUGACUGCUUCCAGGUCUUGAAAGGCAACGCAGAACAAGCAGAAACAAAGACUGUUGAGCCGCAAGAUUUACAGCUCAAACUUUGUUAUAUGAAUAUCCCUGUUCACGAUCAUCACCAGAAUGCUGUAUCCAUCAAAGAUACUGUGAGGCUUUUGGAGGGCCCAUUUGAGGGGAAACAAGGGGUUGUGAAGCAUUUGUAUGGAGGUACCGUUUUUGUCUAUGAUGAAAACCAAAUAGAAAAUGGUGGCUACAUCUGUGCCAAACCUGAGUCAUGUGAGAGAAUUUUGCAUGCUGAUGCUAAGGAGAAUGAUGGUGGGUUUGUUCCUCCAGGAUUUGAGGAAUUUAUGUCCACACCAACAAUGCCAGAAUCCCCUAGGAAAGAGUCACCUGAAAGACCUUAUCAACAGACGAGAUCCUUCCGUGACUUUGGUCAACGUGGAGGGAAUGGAGAAACCAACUUCUGUGUAGGACAAACAUUGAGAAUCCGAUUAGGUCCAUAUAAGGGAUACCUUUGUCAUGUCGUGGAUAUCUAUCGCUCUGAUGUUACUGUGAAGUUGAACUCACCAAUGAAGAUCAUGACUGUUAGUUGUAACUACCUCUCUGAAGCAAAUCGCAAGGGACUAGGGACUGCAACUUCAGUGUGGGGGUUGCCUCAAAAUGGUGAUAUGAAUCCCCUUGAUAAGGGCAAUAGUUUGGGUGGUUCAGCAUGGGAUUCCAUGGUACAAAAUUCCACAAGGAGCAGUUGGGAUGAUGCAGCCCCCUCUACUGGUUUUUCGUGGGAUGCCCCUGCUGGUAUUACCACAGAAUCAGAAGACAAAGCUGAUAACCCUUGGAACAGAGCAAUUAUGUCGAAUGGAGAUAAAACAGACCCAUGGAGUAAAUCGUCAGAUGGCUGGGGUGAAGCAAAAGCUUCUGAUGCAGAUAAUAACAAUGCCUGGAAGAAACCAUCAGGUAGCUGGGAUGGUCAAAAAACUACCAAUGCAGAGAAUGACAAUGCUUGGAAGAAACCUUCCGAGUCAUCAGUCGAAGCACAAUUAGAAGGAAACAAAGCCGACAGCGCUUGGAACAAAGCAAUUGCAUCUACUGGUGAUAAAACAGAUCCAUGGAGUAAAUCUUCAGAUGGCUGGGGUGGGCCAAAAACUACCAAUGCAGAUCACAGCAAUUCCUGGAAACCAUCAGGUAGCUGGGGUGGACCAAAAGCUACCAAUGCAGAAAAAGACACAGCCUGGAACAAACAGUCCGAGUCAUCAGUCGAUGCACAAUUAACAGAUGAUGUGCCUGGCAGCUGGAAGAAAGCAUCUGACUCCUGGAGCAAUCCACAAGUCACUGCUGGAAAUACAAGAGGUUGGAAUGAGGCAAAUGUAUCUAGUGCUAAACGAGGAAAAGGUCCUUGUGAAGAUGAUACUAGUGGUCGAAGUGAAGGCGGUUGGUGCAAUCAAGCAGAGUUAUUAGAGAAAGAGAAUAUUGGAGGUUGGGGUAAAAGUAGUGGUUGGGGCAAAGAAACAGAGUCUUCAGAGAAAGAAAAUAUUGGAGGUUGGGGUAACAGUAGUAGUCGUGGCAAACAAGCGGAAUCGUCGGACAGAGAAAAUAUUGGAGGUUGGGGCAACAGUCAUGGACCAUGCAAACAACUGGAAUCGUCGAACAAAGAAAAUAUUGUAGGGUCGGGUGACAAUAGUGGAUGGGGCAAACAAGCAGAGUCAUCAGAGAAAGAAAAUAUUGGGGGAUGGGGCCAGGCCAGUAGUUGGAAUGAAGCAUCAGGUUCGAGGGGCAAAGCCAAAGUUGGGGAUGAAGAUAAGAGAGAUGGUUGGAAUGGUUCAGGAGGAGGAUGGGGCAAAACAGAUUCCUGGGCAAAUGAAAAUCAAAGUGAUGGUUGGAAUAGUGGAGGAGGAUGGGGAAAAACUGAGUUUGGGUCAAAUGAAAAUCAAAGAGAUGGAUGGAAUAACUCAUAUCAAGAUGCUCAAGCUCAACCUUGGGGUAAAUCACAGGGUUGGAGUGGAGGGGAGGGUGCUAGUGAAGAACAAGGGUCAUUUGGAAACAGGAGAGAUUUUGGCCCUGGCGGUAGAGGAGGUAGAGGUGAAAGAGGUAGAGGGAGAGGCCGAUGGAAUGGAGGAAGGUUUAAUGGAGACGAUAGCAGCGAGGGAAUUUUGGGCAGAGGGCCAAACUCUUUCAAGAAUGAUAAUAUGGGAGGUGGUGAUGAGGGAGAGAUUUGGAAGAGAGACGAUGGUGAUGGUGGAGGUCGAGGAGGGAGAGGGAGGGGGAGAGGGAGAUUUAAUGGGGGUAGGUUCAAUGGGGAAGGUGGUGAUCGUGGUGGUUUGGGGGGGAGAGGGCGAGGCUAUCAUGAUAAUGAUAGUAGUAGGGGAGAUGAUAAUGAGAGAGGAAAUUGGAAGAGAAACGAUAGCAGUUGGAAGAGAGAAGAUGGUGAGGGUGGGGCUCCUCGAGGAGGAGGGUACAGAGGAAGGGGAAGGGGAAGGGGAGGUCGUUGGAACAGUUCAGAUGAUACUAGGGAAGGUAAUUAUUGGAGCAAUACUAGUGGAGAUCAGGGAGGUAGUUGGGGCCAAGGUAGGGACCAAGGAGAGGGAGGAAACAGUGGAUGGGGAGGAUGGAACAAGCAAUCCAAGGGAGAAAACCAAGGUGACUGGAACAAGGGCACCAAAGAUCAGGGAUGUAGUUGGGGCAAAGAUGGAGACCAAGGAGGUGACAAAGAUGGAGACGAAGGAGUAGGAGGAAACAGUGGAUGGGGAGGAGCGAACAAGCAAUCAAAGGGAGAAAACCAAGGUGGUUGGAACAAAGGCACCGAAGAUCAGGGAUGUAGUUGGGGCCAAGAUGGAGACCAAGGAGAUGGAGGAAACAGUGGAUGGGGAGGGGCGAACACGCCAUUAAAGGGAGAUAGCCAGGCCAGCUCUUGGAACAAACCAUUAAAGGGAGAUAGCCAGGCCAGCUCUUGGAACAAACCAUUAAAGGGAGAUAGCCAGGCCAGCUCUUGGAACAAACCAUUAAUUGGAGAUAGCCAGGCCAGCUCUUGGAACAAACCAUUAAAGGGAGAUAGCCAGGCCAGCUCUUGGAACAAACCGAAAGAUUCUAGUGGAGAUGACAGAGGUUACCGAGGGGGCAACGAUAGUGAGAUAAGCAAGGGUGGAUGGGGAGAUCGUUCGAAUCAAUGGAACAAGGCAGGAAGCAAUGAGUGGGGCAAACCAAAGGGUCAGAAUGGUGGUUGGAGCAAAGAAGACGGUGCAAAUGGUGAAGGUGAGGCAAGCCAAUGGAACAAACCAAAAGAAACAAUUGAAGCUCGAGGUGAUUGGAACAAACUGAAAGGUAUCAGUGGAGAUCAGGAUGGUCAUUGGAACAAAGAGGCAGAGGAUCAAAAGGAAGGAGGGGGCUGGAAUAGACCACCAAAACCACCAAAGAGAAAUGAGGAAGAUAGUUGGAACAAGGUAACCAACGAUUGGAACAAACCGAAAGAUGCAAGUGGUGGUUGGAGCAAAGAACAAGGUGCAAGUGAGGGUGGCCAGUUAGGCAGUUGGGGCCAACCGCCUGCUCAUGUGAAUACUGGAAGUGCGAGCAAUGCUGGCGGGUGGGGGAAUUCAGAAGUUGAUCAUAAAGCUGAUGCUGGAGGUGGCUCUACCAGUGAUUGGGGGACAGCAAAGAACUCUUGGGAGAAGGGAGGAGGUGGAAGUACUGGGAAGGAGGGGUAGUAAAAAAAAAAGCUGAACUCAAUGGCCCAACCUAGAGUGGUUAGUCUGUUUGGAUAUGGCUUUUGACUAAAUAUCGGUUGAAUGUAAGGUAAAUGCUUUGGGAUUAACUUUUGACUUUUGGGUUAUUGUCUUACUUUAUCGGACUAGGGCGAUGUGAUCCUUUUCUUCUUUUGUAGAUGUGUAUAUAAGACGCUCAUUGGUUUUGCAGUGAGGUGUUUAUUUUGCAGGCAUGCUGAAUUUCAAUCACUCAUGGUCA